AUGUAAAAUUUCUUCAGCCAUUCGCUAUAAUGUAAGUUCAGCUGCAAAAAAAAUUACUUUAUUCACGUUUUAUCGAUGCUGUCAGUAUUCAACUCUUGAACUGCAGUGUUAUCCAGAAAAUGGAGAACGCAUUACUGAUUUGAAGCUAACUCCUUUUGACGAAACCUUGGAAAUAUAAAUUAUGCCACGAGCAGAAGACAAGUACGAACUGCAGACGGUGCAAACUAAAACCGAUAAACCACUCCAGCAUCAACCAUGGUACAGAGAACGGUUUAGAAGUCAGCACCUUAAGGAACUGCCUGGGGAUCGAUCUUACCCUCACUUGGUUGGAUCGGAAUGGACAUUUGUGAAGGAUGGACUGGAUGACUUCAGAGAUGGAUAUCCUCCUGAACCAGAAGGCGGUGGAAUCAUCAAACCCAUGAAUGGCGUAGCUCCUCAAUUGCAAUCCUACCACAGAACUCCCAAGCAACAGGUGAAGCCGAGUCUGAACAAACAUCAGGUGCUCUACAGUAAGACCCUACCGGGACAGGAGAGACGAAGGGACUACCUGGACUCUUUGAUCAAUGGACUGAAGGACCACCCUUUGGCCCUGUACUCUCACAUUGAAGAGUCAGUCCCCGCUGAUAUGUUCGAGGAUCUUAUCGAUGCACUUGACAAAGAGAUGAUGCUCGGAGGAUCAGUUACAGACGAAGAAUACAACAAUGCCCAACAGCAGCCCAGAUUCCACUACCAGUCCCAGACCUAUGUCCCCCCAAAUCCAGGACACGAUGAAGAAGCUGCCUCGGAACCAGAAGUGGCUUCGAAUAAUGGAGGCGGAGAAGGGACGAGGGAUGCCGCCGCAGCGGCGCCAAGGGGUCAAGGAGAGCUGUUCCAAUCAGGGGUUCAAAGCGCAGAUUCUGGCAGGUCAUCGGAGAAUAAAAGCCACAUUGACCCAGAUCAAACCGGAAACAUUGAUCUGAUGGUGAAAGGUGACAAGGAAAAACUGAAACAAGCCGAAGAUCGGCUUAAAAUAGCCAACGAAGUCUACGACUGGCCUUCAAUUUCCAAAGCCAAAGAUUUAUGGAAGAACGCAGAACCAGUUGACCUUCUGAGCCGGCAGUCGCUGGACGAAGGAAUUGGAGGAACAAGUAGCCAGAUUCAGGAUAGUCAGAAUGGGUACAGGUGGAUGGCCAGUGGUAACAUGAGUAAACAACAGCAGCAUCAACAACAGCAUUCGGCUCGUGGACAAUCAGCAGGAGCUGCACUUACACCGGCAGAGGAUGCGCAUAUCCAAUCAGUGACCACUGGCUUCUGUCAGUGGGUGGCGGAGUUGGGAGGGGACUCAAACAACAUAGACGAGUCGACAGUCAUGGGACUGUUCUCAGGCGGAUACGAGAGCAAACCGGCACUCUCAGUGCCCAUACACGUGGUCGAGUUGACCAAUGUUCCUCCUGAGCUGAGGAUGAACUCAGCUGCCCCUGGACAGAGCAGAAUGUCAAGUGCAAGUGCACCCGAAGGAGACUCGAAACUGCUCAACGCUGGUUAUGUACAUACAAAACCGACGAAAGCAGUUAGAUAUGGCGCCUGGUAUCUCAAACCGAAACAAUGGAAGGCAUUAAAACCUGGAGAGGACAUUACUGACCCGAAUCUGAAACAGGGCGAGUUCUCGGAAGCGAAACGGAGGAGUGUGGCGCUGGAUGGAGAACUGGCGAAUAUGCAUGGGGCUAAGGAGUUCAUCAAGUUCAUGCGACACAAGGGCAACUCAGUGCCAGAUUUUCUGUCACGUGUAGCUGCUCUGCAACAAGACGAGAGUGAAGAGAAAGGGCCAUCAGGGGCGAAACUUCCGCCUUCAAGGGCUAGAUCGGCAGCUGCGCCUACACCUACUGGAAUGCCCUCAAAAUAACCUCGGCCAGUCUAAAUUCAACAGAAUAUUUUUGCAUAUGCACUAUUUACAUAUCUUCUUUUUAAAGCCAGCUGCAUUAAAUCAUAGAUUCAAAUCGAAUUUGCGCGAAG